AUGUCUUCCUCAAACACCCAAAAACCCACAUCCAGCGUGGACCCAGCCCUGCGCCCAUUCCACGAAGACCUCUUCCAGGCCGGCCUCAAUGUGCGCCGCGCCGUGGUGGGCGAUGCGUACGUGGACCGCGCACUGGCCAACGGGUCGACCGAGUUCUCGCGGGUUGGUCAGGAGCUGGUGACCGAGUUCUGCUGGGGCUACGCGUGGACGCGGCCGGGUCUGUCACGCCGCGACCGCAGCCUGCUCAACAUCGGCAUGCUGAUGGCGCUGAACCGCGCGCCCGAGCUAGCCGUGCACGUCCGCGGCGCCCGCAACAACGGCCUCAGCGAGGAGGAGAUCCGCGAGGCCAUCAUCCACGCCACCACCUACUGCGGUGUUCCCGCCGGCGUUGACGCUUUCAAGACCGCCGAGAAGGUCCUCAACGACAUGGCCGAGAAGGGUGAGAUGCCUAGACAACUGGCCGCCAAGAGCAAGGAUGCUUGA